GACAUCCCAUUAUUAUUGACAGGUAUUUAUUUGUCCUAAAGUACUUAACUUUUUUGCAUAGUGACGGCCAAAUAUUUCUUAAUAUCAUGCAUUUUUUUGUGUUUGAAAGCGACAAGUAAUGAAUACUAAGUGAAAUUAUUACYAACGAAAAACGAAAGUGACGAAUUGCCAAUCUAUAACUGAAACGACAGAAGGUGGAAUUUGUGUUAUAAUCAUCAAAAAAUGUCUAAAUAUACAGGAAAAAAAUGUCGUUUACUUUCUAUGAUGUGGCUGACUGCGUUUUUCUUUUUCGUGGAAAUCGUGGUGGGCUAUGUGACAAAUUCAAUGGCCUUGGUAGCAGAUAGUUUUCAUAUGUUGGGUGACAUAGCUGCCCUUGUCAUAUCAUUCCUAUCAGUAAAAAUGUCCCCGAAAAAGUGGUCCAAAAACACAUUUGGUUGGGCGCGAGCAGAAGUGUUGGGUGCUCUGGUUAAUGCAGUGUUUUUAGUAGCUUUAUGCUUUAGCAUUACCAUAGAAGCUUGUAAAAGAUUUAUAGAAGAAGAGGAAAUUCACGAACCGAAACUAUUAGUUAUAGUAGGCUGCCUAGGAUUGUUGGUAAAUGUGAUAGGAUUAUGUUUGCUUUAUGAACACGGCGGUCACCAUGGCCAUUCACACGGGGGAGGUCUUACUAGAAAUCACAGCAGACUUACCGAACUGGCUAAUAUCGAUGAUGGCGAAGGCGAGGGUGAGGGCGAAGCUGAAUUUGCUUAUGAAAAAGAGAAAAAACCGGUUAAGAAAUUAAACCAUGGACAUAGUCAUGAUGCAGGCCAUAUGAAUAUGAGAGGUGCAUUUUUACAUGUAUUAAGUGAUGCUUUGGGUAGCAUUAUUGUUGUGAUAAGCGCUUUGGUGGUAUGGUUAACAGACUGGAAAUAUCGUUUUUAUAUGGAUCCUGCUCUUUCCAUUGUAUUAGUUUGUUUAAUUUURCAUUCUGUUUGGCCCCUUUUACGUGAAUCUGCGUUAAUAUUGCUGCAAACUGUUCCAACUCAUAUUCAGGUCGAUGCCAUUCAAAAGCGUCUCUUAGAAAAGGUUGACGGAGUCUUGGCCGUUCACGAAUUUCAUGUUUGGCAAUUGGCUGGAGAUCGCAUAAUCGCUUCAGCGCAUAUAAGAUGUCGAAACCUUUCGGAAUACAUGAAAAUUGCUGAAAAAGUUAAAGAAUUUUUCCACAAUGAAGGCAUACACUCUACAACAAUCCAACCUGAAUUUGUUGAAAUCGAAGGUUGUAACAUGUCUGACGGUACAUCUAGUCUAAAUAUGAGUGGCUCUGAUUGCGCACUAGAUUGUCCAAGUACAGCCGAAGGAUGUGUUAAAGCAACUUGUUGUCAAAAUAAUAGCAAACUAAAUCAGGUGCCCUCGCCGACAAAUUCCCCUUAUGCAUGUCGCCAAAGGAACUCGUCCAAAAAUCCGAAUGAUGUUGAAGCAGGCUCCUCACUUUUGGAAUGUUUAGCUGGUGCAUCGGUGCAUAAUGGUAAUUCGGAGUCUGGGCGUAUGACUAAUGGAGAUGUAGUGUGACACCUUUACCUCUCAUGUAUGUGACAAAAGUAACGAAAUGAAAAAAAUCCCAAACGCACAAAAAAAAAUUUGUAUUAUCCAUAUUUAUUACAACUUCGCUACAGGUAUAAUUAAUGGUUGAAAAUCUGAACAGAUAAGAAUCCAACCAAAGAUUGAUAAAAAAUUCAGAAUUGCAUAAUUAUCAACAAAAGCAUCAAGUUACCAUGAUACUGGGUUCGGUAGACAAAAAUUUUAAUAGUAAAAGUUAGUGAAUGUUAGUAGAGUAUUCAUCUAAAUUUAGUAGUAAAAUUAUAAUUUUUUCAGUACUUUAGCAAYUAAGUAUUCGUUAUAUUAGAUUGUAAU